GCUGUUUACCAGCGUUUCCAUAUUUUACGCAGCGCACGAACGCGUAAGUUUUGUGCGAAAACUUGCGAUUUUGAAUAGUCAAAACAAUAUGGAUUCGAUUGACGAGGUGCUAAUCAAAAGCGUCAAACAAAAUGUUUGCUUGUUCGAAAAAGGCCAAUUAGCUAUUCACACGAAAGCCGAUAGGGAAAAGGCUUGGAUUUUAGUGGCCGAAGCUUGCCAGAGACCUGUCGAAUAUUGUCAAGUAAGAUGGAAGACCCUGCGAGACCGCUAUGUGCGGGAAAUUCAGAAGCCCAGUCCUACGCCGAGCAAUAUACACAGGGUUGAAGACCUCGAGUUUCUGAGGGAUCACAUAAGGCUAAGGAGGCAAAGGACAACUAAUAGCACUUCGGGACCCGGAGAAACCGAAGAAAGUCAAGCAUACGAAGAACCCUUUGAAAAACGUGUGCACAUCAACGAAUAUCCACACGAGGAGUUUAUAAUAGAGUAUAAGAACGACGGGGAAUAUUUCAGUGAGUUGGACAACUCCAGCGUGGAGUUCAUUGCGGAGGAAUCAGUCUGCCAAACUGGCAAUGAAAUGCCAAAUGAACCGACCUCUGAAAGUUUUCCCAACUCGACUGGCCUGGACCUAAAUCAGGCACAAUCCAAGUUUCUGGACGUAAUGAAUCUCAUCGAGAAUGCUUUGAAAGCAAGGUCGGCGGAACCGCUGGACCCCUUCUACAAGUAUCUCGAAAGUGUUUUGAGUAGUGUGAACGAAAGUUCUCGCAGAGAUAUACAACUAAAAGUACUUAAUUUUGUUAAUGACGAAAUCAAACGGACUGGACACACGUAAAUUUAUAGAUUAAACACCUAUAUAUAUAAGGAUA